AAGGAGUUUGCGUUACUGUAUUAAUCAUGAAUUGUUUCACAAUUCGAGUUCGAGUUGAAGUCACUCAAGUUUUUCAUCUGUGCAGUGAGUUGAGACGGGCAAAGUAUUGCUCCGUCACAAAUAGAAAUGUGGGCAGACGCACUAAAGUCUUUGGAUCCCAGAAAAACAAGUUUCAUUCCGACUUUUUGUUUGGCGCCUCAGCGGGCAUUCCGGCGGCACGCACCUCGCGUUGCCUAGCGACGCCGGACGCAAACAGCAACACGCGCACACCCGAGAUCCGCGCUCCCUUUGUGGCCCUUGUGUUGCCUAGCGACGAAGGCAUCAGGCGCACACAAGCGGCGGUCUAGUUUUUGACAAUGUUGCGGGGCGACGACGUGACCUUCGCGGAUCUCCUGGAUUUGAGUUUCGGGACCCCCCGCUCGGGCGUGGUGGACUUGGGCUCUCUGCGGCGGCUGCUGCUGGCGAUCGUCACCCGCUUGGGCAUCCGGGACGCCGGCGCCGCCGAGCAGGCGCGCGGUUCUGAACUCCUGGGACGCGUCCGGGCCUGCGAGGACGGACUGGCGCAGGCCCUGAAGCUCCUGCAGGACGUCCGGGAUCAGACGUCCGCCGUGAAGCUGCGGACCGAGGAGCUUCACCUGCGCCACCAGGACGGCGGCGUGCGGCUGGAAGCUCGCGUGGACGCGCUGGAGGCCCGAAAGGCGGACGGGGAGCAGGUGGAGGUCCUGCGGCAGCUCGUCCGCGACACGGGUCACGUCCGACUGCCGGCUUUGGCGUUGCGAUCUCCUUAUGUCUUGGCGGCGUCUUUUCUUCUCAUGUUCUCGUGUUCCCGUUCAGACCGGCGCGAGGCGUGCAGACAACUCGACGAGCGCGUGAGGCGCCACGAGGACGCCGUCGAGCGCCUGACCGAGGAAUGUCGUCAGCUGGACGACCCGCGAGGGGCCUCGGACCGCACGGUGUCGUCAUUGACCUCUGACCCCUGUGAGAAACGAGGUCGCGGCCCGGACGACCUCGGCGGGAAGUCGAGUCUUCUCCUGGAGCGCAAAAUGGCCGACGGCGUGCGGCGGCAGCAUGACGUCGCCGAGGCGUCCAUCUCAAAACUUCAACGUGAGUGUGACAAACUACAAGAGGCCAUCAGGCGUCUCCAUGACGACAACAAACACAAACACGUCCACAUCCAGCAACUGCUGAGGACCACAGAGCAUCUGCAGGAGAACAAAGCCGACAAACGCUCGCUCCACGCCGAAGUGAAGAAGCAUCUGGAAGCUGAGCACAAGAACCUCCAGAGCACCCGCGAGAGGCGGCGCAGUUCGGAAGAUUCUCAGCAUGACGCCGAGGGCGCAACCGCCGCUGGCGUCAGAAAACAGCUUCUGGACACACAUCAUUGUCUGUCAUGUGACCGUCGUGUCGUGAGACAUCUUCACGCAGCUAAAAGUGUGACGGGGGCGUGGCCUUUGUCAGACGUGACGCACUUCAGGUACCCGCCGGUGUCCCGCAGCUGCGGCGGGGCGCGCACGGUGACCCCGCGGACAGACGGCAGGGGGCGCCGCCGUACGGCCGUCACAUGAGAGGUGACGUGUUGGCAGCGAAAAUCCCAUUUCCGAUUUGAAUCGAUUUUUCAACUCAACACAAGCAGACGAUCACCAAAUAAUACAUUUUCCCUUUAUUGCUUUCCUGACUAAUAGAAAAGUAGUAAUUGGUGCGAAGGAAGUAUUGUUGCAUUUGGACGGACUGACAAAGAUUUUUGUCUAUUGGGAAUGAGAAUGAGUAGCUUGCGUUCUGGGAAAGCAUUGCACUAUUCAUUUGUUCCAUUUUGAUUUUAUACAAUUCAUUUGCAUUAAUAUACCUAUGCAUUAUUGCAUUCACAAGAAAAACCACUAAGCAAUUGUUAAAUGACAUGAAUGAAUAAAAAGUAAAAAAAAAAAGAAAGCCAUACCAAUAAUCUGAAUGAAUCAAAUUGGAUCAAAUAGCUAAAUGAAUGCAACAAAUAUUCCAGGACUCUGGGAUUCCAAAACAUACGUACACGUUGGCAGCCCGCGGGCCAUACUUUGCCCACACUUGGCCUGAAUCAACACUUUUGGAAUUGGAACAAUGGCCCGAGGAAAUACAUUCCUCAACUAGUUUUCAAUUGGCUCGGAUUCAUCGUGACGACGUCGACUUCCUGAUCUUGUGACUCAGCGGGGUGGGGGGGGGGCGUGGCCAAUCGUAUGCCGGGAAUCGCUCGAUUGUCGAUCGAGUCCGCCUGCCAGCGAGGGGAAAUUGAAAAAUGAAUUUCGGUCGGGUCGGCACGUGUACACCGGAACUCGUCCCCAUGCCGACGACUGUCAAUGAUUUACGGUGACCCCCGCGAUUGGUGCGUGCGUUACGGACCGGGCCUGACCGCAAAUAGCGGAAAUCAGCAAAUUGAAACAACAAUACAUUUUUUCCACCCCCAGAAAAUCUCGAAUAAGCGGGGAUGUGCCGCCGGCAAGUGUUUUCCACAAAUAAAAAAAGAAAAAAAACUCCAAAAAGAAAUAAAAUUGGAAAACAAAAAAUGUGCAAAUAAAUGAAUGCGUGGGUGCUGAACUGCAAGUAUGCAGGGGUUCGCUGUCGGGUUUCUGUGUGUCAGGAAAAGCUUAUGUUGUGAUGAAUAGAAAAAGAAGUACUUGAUGAAUCGUUUCAGCACAUGAAAAUGUCUCUCAAGUGUUUGGAUUCAUUCACUCGUCCCCGGAAAGGAUUUUUACUGGCCAUUUCAGGAACUAUCCAGGUCCGCGAAAUGAAAAUCCUCAUCGUUGUGGUUUCAGCGACUUGCUGGGUCGUGACCUGGCCACGAUGACAUCAUGUAAAUAGGCUCCUCCCUCUGGGGGUGGCUUUAUUUCUGUCUUUCCAAGGUGAAAAAUCAUUGACUGUCCUGCUGGCUUGUGUGGGGAGUCGAAUGAAAAUGUUGCCUUAUCCGUCCAAAAAUGUGGAGCUGUGUUGUUUGUGGCGUCCAGCAGGGGGAGACAAUGACUCCAAAUGAUGAAAUCAGAGGCAACUUGUGCUUGAUUUAUGAACCUUCUGUUCAUGUAAAUUGUUGGAAAAAGUGGAUCAAUGUUAAUAUUUGAUAAGGUUUGAAAAUGUACGCUCAGAGAAUGUCACUUGCUGCUCAAUGUUUGACAAAGUAUGUGUCAACGUUUGUAUGUUUUGUAGACUUUUCUGUUUGUAAAGAACUGCAAAAAGCAUUGUGUUGCAAAAUACAAGUGAAAGCACCUCAA